CAAGCAAGCAUGGAACUCUCCAUUCCACUCCAUCCCAAGAGCGGCGAGCUCCGACCACAGCACAACCAAUCCAACUCGGCCUUCACACGCGACAAUGUUCUCGAGCACAAUCCAGACGACUACACUCUUGUAAACAUCCGAACCGAGACGGUCCAGUACGGGCAACACUAUGGACGGCCGGCCGCACUGAUCAUAUUACGGUUUAUCGUCAAAUUUCGUCCGGGGAACAAACGCCUGCGAUCCUUCAAUAUUAAGAUCGAGUUUCAGAGAUAUAGCAACCCAGGUGGUGACAGCACCAACAGAACCGAUCGAGUGGGAAUACCGACAGUAGCUGUGCUUGCCCCGGAAGAGCGCAGGGGCAAGAUAUAUACCGAAGAGCAGAGCACCACGAUAUCCACUAGCAUAGACGUGCCGCUCGGCCCGUCCGGUCCAACCAGCCAUGUUGGAGGCGAGCGUGCCAGCACGGUUGGCAAGGAGCACGUCAUGCAACUCAGCGGGUGGAAGAUGAGUUCCGAGAGUGGCGUGGAUAACGUCGUGGUCUGGGACUGCGUCGAGGCCAAGAAGGCUGCAAAGGGGGUUAUACCUGGCUAUCGCGGGGCCAUCGUUGUGGAGCAUCAGGAGGCUACCAAGUUCCAGGCUGUCAUUACACUGGAUGCCCAGCGAGGCAUUUGGGAUGCUGCCUCAGGAUUGUUUGAGUGGUCAAACCUGUUUGGGAAAAAGGAUACAGAUGAUCCUCUUCUAUUUGAUUCCACGAUGCCAGUGGGCGCACAGAUUGAUGCUGUUGACUUCAAAGAUUUAAAUCUUGAUGAUUUAGUCGAGUUAAAGCCGAUCAAGGCUCUUCCAAGUGGAUAUAACUAAAACUUUAGUUUUAAGGUUGAAUUAGC